GCUGCUGCUCGCGCUGUGUCUGCUCUACCAGAAAGUCCCGGAAGAGGCUCCACUAGUGCAGUACGAGCGCGAGGCGCAGGUGAGCCGGCGCGCGCUCUUCACCUGUAAACAAAGAGAAAGAGAACAAACAUGGAUACAACACUCAGCGUACAGUUUGACGGAUUCUCGCUUACAGCUGAACUUCACCGCAGGUUGGAGAUCAGUGUGUGAUCCAACAUCCUGAUACACGCAGCGUUGCCAGACACACCGUGCGGAGCUUACACAUGUAAUAAGUUAACCAACAAACCCAGUAACCAAAGGACCGGGUCAACUCAUCAGCCUCCACUAUGGCGAGCCAGGACCCUGUCAACCCUUCACAUGCUGUGUUUGACCUCUUUGUCCAAGCCCAGACCUGCAAGGAUGUGCAGCACCACUUUGCUGAGCUCUGUAAGCAACUGGAUAUCGAUCCUAAGGAUUUCAGAACUUUCUACACCAAGCUGAAGGAAAGACUGAACUACUGGAAGGCCAAAGCCUUGUGGACAAAGUUGGACAAAAGGGCAUCUCACCCAGAUUACCAGCAAAGAAAAGCCUGCGCCAAAACUAAGUGUCUCGUGUUGGGUGCCGGACCGUGUGGGCUGAGAACGGCCAUCGAACUGUCCCUGCUGGGGGCUCAGGUGGUGCUGCUGGAGAAGAGAGAGGCUUUCUCCAGGAACAAUGUCCUCCACCUGUGGCCCUACACCAUCUCCGACCUCCGCGGCCUCGGUGCCAAGAAGUUCUACGGCAAAUUCUGCACCGGUUCUCUGGAUCACAUCAGCAUCCGUCAGCUGCAGUUGGUUCUAUUGAAAGUGUCACUUCUCCUCGGGGUGGAGGUGCACACCGGAGUGGAGUACCAGGGUUUGAUUGAACCCUCAGGAGAAAACGGAUGGAUGGCCAAGCUGAAGCCUGGGUCUCAUCCUGCUGCAACCUUUCAGUUUGAUGUUUUCAUCUCUGCUGGAGGAGGCAGGUUUGUCCCUGAUGGAUUCAAGCACAAGGAGCUGAGAGGAAAACUGGCUAUUGGCAUCACAGCAAACUUUGUCAACAGAAACACGGCCGCUGAGGCCCAUGUUGCAGAGAUCAGCGGUGUGGCCCGCAUCUACAACCAGAAGUUCUUCCAAGAUCUGCUCACUGAGACGGGUAUUGAUUUGGAGAAUAUCGUCUACUACAAAGACGACACCCACUACUUCGUCAUGACUGCCAAGAAGAAGAGCCUGCUGAAGAAGGGGGUCAUUAAACAGGACUACAGCGAUGCAGAGGAUCUGCUGGCUCCUGCGAACGUGGAUCACGAGGCUUUGUACCGCUAUGCCCAUGAUGCUGCCUACUUCUCCACAGGUGGCAAACUGCCUGACCUCCAGUUCGCUCAGAACCAUGUCGGCCGGCCAGACGUAGCCAUGUUUGACUUCACCUGCAUGCACCGUGCAGAGAACGCCUCACUGGUCAGGGAGAGGAAGGGGAAAAAGUUGUUGAUGGCUCUCGUAGGAGACUGCCUGGUGGAGCCUUUCUGGCCUCUGGGUACGGGUAUCGCCCGUGGGUUUCUAGCUGCUUUUGACACAGCAUGGAUGGUGAGAAGCUGGGGCAUGGGGGUCCCGCAUCUCAAGGUCCUGGCUGAGCGAGAAAGUAUCUACCAGCUCCUGUCCCAGACCACACCUGAAAAUACCAGCAAAAACUAUGCUGCUUACAGCAUUGACCCCAAAACACGGUACACAAGAGUCAACCUCUCCUCCAUCCAGACCAACCAGGUGCAGCACCUGUACGAUGUUGAUAAAUCCAAUUCACUGAGCAAGAAACUGAAGAACAGAUGGUCUACCAUGCGUCAAGAUUCGGUGAGUGGUUUUGAAGAGUUGUUGAAAUGGUGCCAGAAACAUACUGUGGGAUAUGAGAAUGUGAAUGUGAAAGAUUUUACCGAAUCCUGGAAGUCUGGGCUGGCUCUGUGCGCUCUGAUCCACCACUUCAGACCUCAGCUCAUUGACAUGACCUCCCUGGAUGAGUCCAAUGCUGUUCACAACUACCAACUGGCAUUCAGCAUCUUGGAGAGGGAGCUGGGCAUCCCACCUGUCAUGUCUGCCACUGACUUGGCCAGCAGUAGUCAGAUAGACAAGUUGUCCAUGGUCCUCUACCUCACCCAGGUCCAAAAUGCCUUCACCGUGCCAAUAAAAGAACCUGCGGGCUUCCUGCCAUCGUCCAAGCCUCUGACUCUCUCCCAGACACAGUCGGCUGUCUUUUUCCUAAACAAGCUGAAACACAACUCCCUGCAAAGACGCAAGGAAAAGCUGGCAGCUGAGAAACAAGCAAAAGAAAAAGAGACAAGGAUGGGAGAUGAGGACAGUACGGUGGCGUCCCCCGUAUCGCCUGAGCUCAAUCCUUCACCUGCUCCGGAGCCCGAACCCGAACCCGAUCCCGAGUCUGAGACUGUGUCGAUGUCGAUGAUGAACAGUGAGGAGUGUUACUUCUGUGGUCAGAGGGUCUAUGUGCUGGAGCGCAUCAGCGCUGAAGGCAAAUUCUUCCAUCGGAGCUGCUUCACCUGCCACGAGUGCGGUAUCACGCUCAGACUGGGAGGCUACACCUUCGACCAGACCACAGGGAGAUUUUACUGUGAGCUGCACUCUGAGGAGCUGGAGCUGGAGAACGGGACUGGAACAUCUUCUUAUGAGGACAGCAAAGGAGACCACAAGGGGACAAACGGGCUUUCCAGUGAUGAUUACACUCCAUCUCCAUCGGAUGAGGAGUAUGAGCACACAUUGGACUGUGGUCCCUCUAUACAAGUAGAGUCACAUGAACCUGCUGAACAGGACCAGCAUUUACUUGAAUCGAAAGAGUGCGAAGAGGAACAGACAUCGAAAACUUCCACACGUUCUCAGUCUAUAACUGAGGUAGCAGCACCAACUGAAGAGGAGACGGAGGAACAACCUCCUGCAGUGUCCUACCCGGUCCCCAAGCCACGCCUCUCUCGGCAGACCACACCGAGCCCUGUGUCCUCUCCUCCGAUAGCAAAACCUCGCACAGUCCACCUUUUUAACCCCUCGACUCCAGAAAAAUCUCCAACAGCAACACAGAGGAUCUCCAAGACAGCUCCAGACUCCCGUCCUAAACAGUCUCUGCGAAAGCUUCAGCUAACCGAUGAGGAGAAAAGCCAGCUGGUGAAUCUACAGAGCCUCAGCGUAGACUCUGACUCAGAGACCCCCGGGGGAUCCUCAUCCUGCUCCUCUUCCUCGGUAACAGCGGGAGGUCCAAGCCCUCCUAAACCAGAGGGCCUAGAUGGUCAAGAAGAGGAGGGCUACUGGAGCGGGAGCACCGCUGGUCACAUGCGGGAAAAGAGGAAUCGACGCUGCUUCAGGAGGAAAGAGAUGCCGAGCGGGCAGUCCAGAGUACGAUCCAAGUUUUCCCCCUGGAAUCUCUCUUCCCCGAGGAUCAGCAGAGACACCCGGCUUAGUGUCCUCAUUAAUCAUCCAGGCAGAGUGGAAACAACAUUCAGACAUGUUCACAGCGCCUCAGAAGAGGGUGUCGAUGAAGAUGAUGGAGACGAUGACGACGACGAUGACGAUGAUGAGAUGUUUGUACAAGAUGACAUUGACUUAUUUGAUGAGAAAUUUCAGACGGUGCCAUCAGACCCUGUUGAGGCUGAGAAGUUGGAGUUGAUGAAGAUGAGGACACUGGAGCGGCGAGCCAAGAUGAGCGAAUUACAGCGAUUGCGUAAAGCUCAGUCCAUCCAGAGGAGACUGGAGGAGAUUGAGGUGACCUUCAAGGAGUUGGAGGAGAAAGGUGUUGUGCUAGAACGAACUCUGCGAGGGGAGGCUGGCAACAGCGGUUCUCCUGAGAUGAUCGAGCAGUGGAUCCAGCUCGUCCACGAGAAGAACGCGUUGGUUUCUGAGGAGUCUGACCUUAUGGUGGCGUCUCGACAGCUGGAACUCGAAGACAAGCAGAGCAUGUUGGAGUUGGAGCUCAGAAAAUACAUGGACCUGAAUGACAAGACACCAGAGCAGCAAGCAGAAGAAGAUCACGUCCUUCAACAGAUGAUUGAGGUGGUGGACAUGAGGGACUCUCUGGUGUCGUUUCUGGAGGAGAAGAGGCUGAAGGAGAUAAGUGAGGAGCAAGAAGUCUUCUCCAUCAUGGAGGCUAAACGGCACUCGAAGGCAGGAGCUCAGGUUCACUGGGAGUAAGGCUUUGGGGCGCACACACACUCAACAUGGACCUGUAUGUACUGUAGAUGCCCUUAGAUCUACUGUAUGUGACACUUGCUGCUUUCAAACUUGGAACCUGAAACUUUUGCAAAGCCAAAGAUGAUACUGCGCUGUCUUGGAGGAUAACGCACAACAAGCGGGUUCCCUCAGUGAUUAGGUUAAAUAGUUCAAGCUUAUGGAACAGCGGCUGAAUGGAAAUCCGUUGCAAUCCUCCCCCUAGAGGGAGACAUAAGCCUGGAGAUCUGAGGCUUUGAGUUGAUGAGUCCGGCUAAACCCUGCCUGCCGUGAUGGUAGGGGUCACAACAACAACACCACCACAUAUGAAAAAGGACCCCCUAGCGUCUGCUGCACUAUUGAAUUACCACUUUACAGCAGAUAAUCAUUACACAGCGUGGGACCUGACCCGGUUUGGUGUCAUAAACAUGUGACUCGAGUGCAAAGCCAAGACGAAGCAGCAUAAAAUUACAGUGAUGAGAAACAACCUGCAGUAGUUGGGCUUUGAAGCCUUAGAGGUAGAUCUAGGUUGAUAACACGUUUUUGAAAAUAGCUUGAUGUUCAUGUUGAUUUUACUCGUGUCAUCAUGAAGUGCUACUGUACACAAAGAUAUAAUACAGAUAUCAGAAUAUUAUUUGUAUAAAGAAUAAAAUCUAGAAAUAUGAUGGUGGAGGUAAAAAAAACUAAUAGGUAGUUAAAAUAUUAGAAUUAUUCAGUUCAGUUGGAUCAUGAUUAUGAUUUAUUUUAAUUAUCAUUUAUGAAUGUUAUAAAUUUCGUAGCACUUCCUGCUGUUCACCAUGUCGUUUCCUGAUAGCAUGUUGGAUAGUUAAUCUCAGGGGUUGACUGUUCAGUCCUCUUGGAUCAGAGUUUUCACCGAUGGCCUUCAACAGUCAGCUGCUCUUCCGAGUGGUGGUGUAUUAUAUGAACACAGGGGAUUCGGGGUGAAUGGAAAAGAAAAAAAAAAAAAAAAAGGAGAUUGAAUGGACUGGUUAAUCUAUUUAUAAACGCCAUUGUUUAUCAUUUGCAGGUGUUCCUAUUCAUGUGUUGGCAGAGUAUCCAAAAUCAAGACAAAGACCAGUUUGUUGUUUGUGAAAAGGAGCCUUAUAUAUUCAUUGUUUUACUGCCAUUUUGUGCCACCUGGACAGCACUUCACAAUAUAUUAAAUAAAGAUCAUGCACUUUG